AUAAAAUAAAUUUUGUUCACAAAAAAAAAAGAAGAAUUUGAAGUAAAAACAAUGUUUAUCAAUAAAUGAAAAUUAUGCAUUUCGUAAAUUAGUAAUCGCAAAAUGCAAAGAAAAUAAAUCAAACAGCAGCAAUGGGUUGGAUAACUUGCUGUCAAUGCAGAUCAAACGAUGAGAAAAUAACAGAAUUGGAUUUUUCGCGUUGUGGGAUUUCUGAUAUACCUAACGAAGUAUACGCGAAUUCACCCACUUUAGAAGUCCUGCAUUUAGAAGGAAAUAAAUUGAAAGAUUUAUCUCCUCAGUUGUUUCAAUGCAUCGAUUUGCGGUACUUGAACAUCAGUGAUAAUGAAAUCCGGGCCAUACCACCGUUAAUAUCAAAACUGACCAAUUUGCAGGUGUUAAUAUUUAGUAAAAAUGUUUUAGACGGAGUUCAUUCGAAUUUAGACAAAUUAACCAAACUGACAACCCUCGAUCUCAGCAUGAAUGACUUAAGAAAGGUCCCAGAUGCCAUAAUGAGUCUUAUCAAUCUCCAGCAGCUUUGUCUCAAUGACACGGGCAUUGAGUACGUCCCAGCUAACAUAGGCCGGUUGUCCAAUUUAAGAGUAUUAGAAUUACGCGAUAACAAUCUCUGUGAAUUGCCAAAGUCUAUUAGGAGGUUAACUAAUUUACAAAGACUCGAUGUUAGUGAUAAUAAUUUAACAAACUUGACGGAAGUGGGUGAGUCCCAUGGCAAUUUGACUGAAUUGUGGAUAAACGGUAACAGUAUUUCCCAGCUCUCUGUUUCUAUAACGCAUUUAAAAAAGAUAAACGACUUCGACGCAUCUUACAACAAUUUAGAAUCCAUACCAAAAGAAAUAGGCCAUUGGACGAAAAUAACCAAUUUGAUACUAAGCUUUAACAACUUAUCUACCCUCCCUAAGGCCAUAGGGAACCUCAGGAACCUCCAAGUGUUGAAACUGGAAUCCAAUUUCCUGGAAGAAUUGCCUAGCACUAUUUGCAAAUUGGUCAAUCUGGAGGAACUAAAUUUACAAAACAAUUCUUUGAUUAGAAUGCCCAGCGGAAUAGGACACCUACGUAAAUUGGCCACACUAAUCUUAUCAGACAACAAACUACAACAAUUACCGGCAGAAAUCGGCAGUUGCUGCGAGCUAUCGAUUUUAAACGUGCACAACAACCAAUUAGAAAAGCUGCCGGAAGAAGUGGGGCACCUCCAAAACCUGACCACCCUCGGCCUCAUAGGCAACAGGCUCUCCUAUCUCCCUAUAACCAUUUCGAAAUUACGCAAUCUGAAGGCCCUCUGGCUGACGCCCAACCAGACCCAGCCUCUCAUCCACCUGCAGAACGAGUCGCUGCCGGACGGGCAAGUCGUGCUGACCUCUGUGGUGUUCCCGCAGACGCCGCUGAGGGACCCGCCUCCGGUGCAGCUGCCCGCGGGCAACCAGAGCUGCCACAUCAGCUUCAACACGGAGAGGGUGGAAUCCGAGAUAGCCGAGGUACAUCUAUCGCUGAGUCGCACCCCGACUCCCCAUCACAAGGAGUUGAAGAGGCUGCGCGAGGUUCUACGGAACUCUUACGGCUCGAGCAAACGAGCUUUGAACGUGUCUGAGAUCAAAGAGGCUAAAGUUACGAACAUCUCUGGUGAGUUAAACACCUCUCAGACUAGCUUAAAUGGAUAUGAUACAGCUGAAAUAUCCGAAAACGCGUCCGAUAUAGCCAGGGAUGUUACUAAAACACCGCCCAAACAACCGCCGCCCUAUCACAUAGCAGCAGCUUAUUCCAAAAACGCACAUCUCUUCGCGCAGAAUAAUGUGGGUCCUCCGAGUCCGAUGGAUCAACCUAAGCAAUUCAGCCAAGAACAGCCUGCUAAUAUUCACAUGCCCACUCCGAAAAUGCCGGCUCAAAGAAACCACGUGUCAGUAUUACAAAUAGCUGAUGAUCAAGAUGAUCUUUCGAACGACGAGGAUCAGAAUGGCUCCAAGCAAAGGGUCAAAUGGCCGUUUGGGAAGCACAAAGUUUGCCAAGUGCUGGAAGUCGAAAUACCCGAGUCGUAUUUGCCGGGGGACAUUCGAAUUAUCGUUCAGAAUAAUGGAUUGUUCGUUGAAGAUUUGAAUCCGCAAAGUGAAGUCUACCAAAAAUUUUUUUUAGGAGAUAAGAUAUUGGCUAUCGAUGAGAGAGACUAUUCCUUAAUGGAGCCCAUCGCAGCAUUUCAAGACGCAUGUCAAAGACUGAAUAAUUUGAAACUUGUAACAGUAUCUAGAAAUCCACCUUUAUAAAGUAUUUAUGAAAGUAUUUAUGUAUAAACAGUAUUCAUAAUUUCUAUUGAUAUAAGUAUUCUAAACGUGAAAGUUGCCGCAAAUUUUAUAUAUAUUUAAUUUUCUUUUUAACAAGAAUAGUGACUUGCGUAGCAAAUAUGUUCAAAUUGUGUUUAUUGACAGUAUUAUCCUUAAAAAUGUGACAAAAUAUGCGUAUUGGCAGCUUUCAUUGCUCUUUUUUGUAUUAUAUGUGGAUAUUUUUCUAUUAAAAAAUUUUGUAUAUCUUUAUAUUAUGACUGACCAUAAUUUAAGGUGAAUAUUCACUGUUUGUAUCAUCUAGGAAUUUUGAUAUUAAUUUUACUAAUUUUAUAAUCUGUAAAAUACUUGGAAAGUUUUUAAAUAUUUAAACUAUUGUACGUUUAAUAUUCUAGAAUAUCAAAAAUUGUUAUAAUGCUAACAUAGCUUUUUUGUAAACUUAAAC